AUGCACACGCGAGUGCCCGUCUAUAGGUGUAUGCGCGUGCCCGUGCGCCUGCCCGUGUCCUCGCAACUGGCCCAGAAGUACGACCCACAGAAGGAGGCUGAGCUGCGCACGUGGAUCGAGAGUGUGACAGGGCAGCAGAUCGGGCCCGACUUCCAGAAGGGGCUGAAGGAUGGGGUGAUCCUCUGCGAGCUCAUGAACAAGCUGCAGCCCAACUCGGUGAGGAAGAUCAACCGCUCAGCUCAGAACUGGCACCAGCUUGAGAACCUCUCCAACUUCAUCAAGGCCAUGGCCAGCUAUGGCAUGAACCCUGUGGACCUCUUUGAAGCCAAUGACCUCUUUGAGAGCGGGAACCUGACGCAGGUGCAGGUGUCUUUGCUGGCACUGGCAGGCAUGGCCAAGACAAAGGGGCUGCAGAGCGGAGUGGACAUUGGUGUGAAGUACUCAGAGAAGCAGCAAAGGAACUUUGAUGAGGCCAAGAUGAAGGCUGGGCAGUGUGUGAUCGGGCUGCAGAUGGGCACAAACAAGUGUGCCAGCCAAUCCGGCAUGACGGCCUAUGGCACCAGGAGGCACCUCUACGACCCCAAGAACCAGAUCCUGCCACCCAUGGACCACUCCACCAUCAGCCUCCAGAUGGGCACCAACAAGUGUGCCAGCCAGGUGGGCAUGACAGCUCCUGGCACCAGGAGACACAUCUACGAUGCCAAGAUGGGGACAGAGAAGUGCGACAACUCCUCCAUGUCGCUGCAGAUGGGCUCCAACCAGGGUGCCAACCAGAGCGGGCAGGUCUUUGGCCUCGGCCGCCAGAUCUACGACCCCAAGUACUGCCCACAGGGCAGCCAGGGUGAGGCGGCCAAUGCUGCCUGCGAGCAGAGCGGGGACCCCCCCGGGUACCACUACUACUGCCAGGAGGAGGAGGGCUACUGAGAGGGACAUCACCCAACCCCAUCUCGUGUACAGAUCCCACUGCCAGUGACAUUCCAACCUCUACUUUCAACAUUCCCUCUU